UUGUGAAGAAAAAACAUUUGCAAUUUAUAAAAGCCAUAACUUGUUUAUUUGCAGGAAAAUGGAGGAGAUGUGCAGAGUUUGCAUGGUCAAAUCCGGAGCACUCGCAAACAUUUUUGAUGAGACACAAAAAUGGGACACUUGCAUUGCUGACAUGAUAGCCCAGUGUACCGGUUACGUGGUUAGGCGAGGGGAUUCACUGCCAGAAAAAAUAUGCCCGCCUUGCCUUGAGGAUGCAGUGAGUGCAUUCAAUCUUAAGAAAUCCUGCGAGCAGAGCCAUCGACUAUAUUUUCCAGUGAUGGAGCCAGAUGUAGGAGAAGAUCGCUAUGAUAAUCUGGAAGACGAGGACUUUGAAAUUUUGACUUGUGGAAAUGAGCAGUCGAAAAACUGUAAAGCCGAUGAAAUGAUACAAAAAGAUGAUGUGGAUGAGGUUUAUCGGUUCAAAUGUCCUCAUUGUCCGAAAUCCUAUAGGCGAAAAUCAUGUCUGCCACAUCACAUCAGAACGCACACAGAUGAUCGACCCUACAAAUGCUCCUUCUGCUCGAAAUCUUUUCCACACAAAUGCAGACUUGAUGCACACACCCGUAUUCACACAGGAGAUCGGCGCUAUACGUGUUCCGACUGCUCGAAAUCCUUUCAACAAAAAUCACAUCUCAUUGAUCACACCCGUAUUCACACUGGGGAGCGACCAUAUAAAUGUAGUCAUUGUUCGAUGACCUUUUCCCGAGCCGGAGUUCUAAGCGAUCACAUCCGCUCGCAUACUGGUGAUCAGCGCUAUCAGUGCUCAUACUGUAUGAUGCCUUUUAACAACAAACAGAUUUGGAUAACACAUGUACGCACUCACACGGGAGAACGACCCUUCUCGUGCUCUCAAUGUUCGAAGUCAUUCAACCAAAAACACCAUCUCAGCGAACACAUCCUUACUCACACUGAGGAAAAACGUUAUACGUGCUCUUACUGCACAAACACCUUUAAGCAAAAGUCUUAUCUUCGAAAACACAUUCGCAGUCACGCGUGUUCCAAAUGGAUGCACCACCAGAUAGAUAGCCCUUCUAUUGUUUCGACUGCAAUUCCAAAAUGAAGAAACGAUAACGUUAGGUCUCCAAGAGCACACACGUAUAAUGAGCAGAGAUUCGUCACAUGAUUGCGAUAGCCGAAGACAUGUAAGCAAAUUGACUGAAAGUCCCAAAAAUGUAUUGAUAAUUUUAAAUACAAUACAAUUAAUCUGAAAUUGA